GCGACUUCCGGCGGCGAGGUCCGGCUGCCGCGUUCCUUUUGGAUGGAAGUAUGCUGUGUUCCUGGUAGAAGAUGGUAACCUUGGAGGAUGACCAUGGAGAAGGGGAUGAGCUCUGGGCCAGGGCUGCCAUCCAGAUCAACCCAAGUUUCGGGUGUUAAAGUAAUAGCCACCGAGUUGGAAGCGAAGCAGCCACAUAAAGAACACCGAGGAGGCUUUGUGUUGGUGCAUGCAGGUGCAGGUUAUCAUUCUGAAUCCAAAGCCAAGGAAUAUAAACAUGUGUGCAAACGAGCUUGUCAAAAGGCAAUUGAAAAGCUCCAGGCUGGUGCUCUUGUGACAGAUGCAGUGACAGCAGCUUUGGUGGAACUUGAGGAUUCUCCUUUUACAAAUGCAGGAAUGGGGUCUAAUCUAAAUCUCUUGGGUGAAAUUGAGUGUGAUGCCAGCAUAAUGGAUGGAAAAUCUUUAAAUUUUGGAGCCGUUGGAGCACUCAGUGGAAUCAAAAAUCCUGUGUCAGUUGCAAACAGACUCUUGUGUGAGGGACAGAAAGGCAAGCUUUCGGCUGGCCGGAUUCCUCCCUGUUUUUUAGUUGGAGAAGGAGCCUACAGAUGGGCAGUAGAUCAUGGAAUACCCUCUUGCCCUCCUAACAUCAUGACCACGAGAUUCAGUUUAGCUGCAUUUAAAAGGAACAAGAGGAAGCUAGAGCUGGCAGAAAGGGUGGAAACAGAUUUCACUCAACUAAAGAAAAGAAGACAAUCAAGUGAAAAGGAGAAUGAUUCAGGGACUUUGGACACAGUGGGCGCUGUGGUUGUGGAUGAAGAGGGGAAUGUUGCUGCUGCUGUCUCCAGUGGGGGCCUCGCUCUGAAACAUCCUGGGAGAGUAGGGCAGGCUGCUCUUUAUGGAUGUGGCUGUUGGGCAGAAAACACUGGAGCUCACAAUCCCUACUCCACAGCUGUGAGUACCUCAGGAUGUGGGGAGCAUCUUGUGCGCACCAUACUGGCUAGAGAAUGUUCACAUGCUUUACAAGCUGAAGAUGCUCACCAAGCAUUGCUGGAGACGAUGCAAAACAAGUUCAUCAGCUCCCCAUUCCUGGCCAGUGAAGAUGGUGUGCUCGGAGGAGUGAUUGUUCUCCGCUCAUGUAGGUGUUCCACGGAGCCUGACUCUACCCAAACUAAGGAAACUCUUUUAGUGGAAUUUCUCUGGAGCCACACAACAGAGAGCAUGUGUGUUGGCUAUAUGUCAGCCCAGGACGGGAAGGCCAAGACGCACAUUUCAAGACUUCCUCCUGGUGCAGUGGCCGGACAAUCAGUGGCGAUUGAAGGUGGGGUUUGUCGCCUGGAGAGCCCUGGAAAUUGACACAUUUCAGAACUAAACCUUGCAGGGUUGGAACUGAAGUUAGGUAUUUUAUCUUCAUUUUAUGAGUACGAUCGCAGCCUUGCGCACUCCUUGAACACUGGUGCUGCUGUAGCUGGUGCUUGGUGGCAUGUGGGCCUUUUUGUUACUGAGUGGGAUUGGGUGAAAGUGUGUGUGUGUGUGUGUGUGUGUGUGUGUGUGUGUGUGUCUGUGUCUGUGUCUGAUUGCAGAGUAUAUUUCUCCCCUGAUGAAAUAGAAAUUCCUCCGUAUUAUACGGCCUGAGACCUAGAAUGAUUAAAUCAUCUUUACAAAAUAUGUGCUUUAACUGUUUACAAGGAAAACCUGAAAAGUUGCUGGAAACAUUUUUUAAAUUUUAAUUAAGAGUUACAAACUGUUGUUGAUGUGAUGUGUUUGAACUGAAGACUUGUUUCAUGAUAGAAAAUGAUAGUGCUCCAUUUAAUAACAGUAAUAAGUAAUAAGAGUUAUUUUUAUUUGUUAACCAGUUUAAGUGGAUCCUGGGAUAACUUAAACUGUUGUUUUUUCAACCCUCAUAUGGGCAUUUUUCUUUAACAAAGAAUGGUUUCAGUGAAACAAUCUAGCAGAAAAUUAAGGUCAGAACCUUUAAAAUAAUAGUCUUAUUGAUGAAGUUUGUACUUCUUUCUUCAAGCUUUUCAAAGCUUAAAUACUGCAUAGCUUUGGCCUGUAUGUAACUAUAUUAUGAAAGAAUAUGUAAAGAAAGCAUACAGUGGUGCACACUCCUAAAUAUAUGUAUAAGGAAUGUUAUUUACAAUAUAACACUGUAAAUAAGAAAGUAAAAUUUAUCGGAAAGUUCAAUAUUAUCUUUGUUUCGUGUUUAAAUAUAUUUUUAAGAUGAAGGCACAAAAAUAAAGAAACAUAUUACUGC